CUCAUAAUGAAUUCCACAUCUGCUUUCGACGACAACAUUGUGAUGUUGUACACACAUCUGGUUAAAAACUAUAUGCCGGACUUUGUUAUGGCCUUCGAAUAUACACCAUGGGUAUUCUCACUGCUGGGUUCAGUGGUUAUUGGAUUAAGUGGCAUAUUGCCAUUGAUUAUAAUACCUACAGAUGAAAAAUUAGAAAAAGAAGGCUAUUCUGAUCCCGGCGAAUCAAAGUUCCUUAAAGUCUUAUUAAGUUUUGCUGUAGGCGGUCUGCUAGGUGAUGUCUUCCUGCAUUUAUUACCCGAAGCUUGGGAAAGUGACAAUGAUUUAUCUUCUUCUGGCCACGCCUCAUUGCGUUCCGGCCUCUGGGUAUUAUCUGGUAUUUUGGCCUUCACAAUUGUCGAAAAGAUUUUCUCAGGCUAUUGCAAUGCUGAUGAAGAAAAUCCUCAACCCAAAUGUGUAGAAAUUGCCAAUUGUCUGUUGCGAAAGACCGGAGGCAAACUUGUGGAUGGACAAUCUUCUAGCAGUUGUGUCGGCUCAUGUGACAUCGAAGAUGUUCCCAAUGGCUGUUUUUUGCGCGAAAGAGAAAUUAAAAAAGAUCAACCCAAGAAAAUAGCUGGAUAUUUGAAUCUAUUGGCCAAUUCCAUUGAUAAUUUCACACAUGGGCUAGCGGUAGCAGGAUCAUUUUUGGUAUCAUUCCGUCAUGGUGUUUUGGCUACAUUCGCCAUAUUGUUGCAUGAAAUUCCACAUGAAGUUGGAGAUUUUGCUAUUCUCCUAAAAUCAGGGUUUAGCCGAUGGGAUGCUGCCCGUGCUCAACUUUUAACAGCUGGUGCUGGUCUACUGGGUGCUCUGGUAGCCAUUGGAGGAUCCGGUGUCACAUCUGCCAUGGAGGCUCGUACUUCAUGGAUUAUGCCAUUCACAGCUGGUGGCUUUUUGCACAUAGCAUUGGUUACAGUAUUACCCGAUCUAUUACAGGAAGAAAGUCGCAAAGAGUCCGUAAAACAAUUAUUAGCAUUAUUAGGAGGUAUAGGAUUAAUGGCUGUUAUGACUGUACUAUUCGAGCAUUAAAUUUAGUAUAGAUAUUAUAAUUUUAUAUUCUAAAAAAAUAUAAAUAAUUUAAAUAUAAUAAUCAUAGAUCGUUUUUAUUAUAUUCGAUUUUUUUAAGUGUAUAUGAGAAAGCUCAUAUGGACAUGUAUAAAAUAACAA